AUCCCCUUCCACAGCUGAUGGUCCCUUCUGCAACAUGCUUUCCUGUACGUGCCCACCUUCAGUUGCCUUCAAUACUCAAGUCAAGUGUGGCCCCCUCCAGAAAGCCCUCGGAGAAAUCCACACCCUCUCAGCCUCGACUGACUGAAAUUUCAUGAUCAAGGGGAGGCUUUUGCUGGUACAAGAGGAAACGGAGAGGCCUAAGGCAGGGCAGGAGAUUCACCUCUGCCCAGACAAAGACCACUAAUACCAGAGAAGCCAGACGAGUCAUCUUUGAUUAAGAAAACUCUGGACUGGGAGUGUGUGGGCUGCGUCAGCCCCCUUCUCUCUCACUUCAGUUGAAUUCUCCCUCCUCCUCUGAGUCACGUUGACAACUUCCCUCUCUGCCGCUGGCCUCCUAACCACCUCUGCUCCAGGGCUUCCUCAGUACCUUGGUCUGGCUGUCCUGUGGAAGCCCAGGAGCUCAGAGCUGUGCAUCGGAUCUUACAGUCAUGAGCAGGACCUGCACAAUCCUCCUGCUGUUCACAGCCUUAGCUGCUUCUCUUGGCUUCAAUCUGGACACACAGCAGAUGACAGACUUCCAUGUGGACAGCCCUGGGUUUGGGCACAGCGUGGUCCAGUAUACCAACUCCAGGGUGAUGGUUGGAGCCCCCAAAGAGAUCAAGGCUACAAAUCGGACAGGUGGCCUCUACCAGUGUAACUAUCCCACACGCCGCUGUGAGCCCGUCCCCCUGCAGGUCCCCCCAGAGGCUGUGAAUAUGUCCCUAGGCUUGUCCCUGGCCGCUGCCACCAACCCUUCCCAGCUGCUGGCCUGUGGCCCUACUGUGCACCAGGCAUGCAGACAGAACAUGUACUUGAUGGGGCUGUGCUUCCUGUUGGCCUCUCCUGGACAGGGCAGCAAAAAGCUUCCGGAUUCUCUGCAGGAGUGCCCAAGGCAGGAUCACGACAUCGUGUUCCUGAUUGAUGGCUCUGGCAGCAUCACCCGCAUUGAUUUCACCAAAAUGAAAAGCUUUGUGAAGUCUGUGAUGAGCCAGUUCCAGAGGCCCAGCACCCAGGUUUCUCUGGUGCAGUUCUCCAGCCGAUUCCAGAUACACUUCACUUUCAAAGACUUUGUCUCCAGCUCAGAUCCUCUAGGGCUGGUGAACUCUGUGAGCCAACUAGGAGGAUACACUCACACAGCCACGGCCAUCAGAAAUGUCGUAAAUCAACUAUUUACCACCCAAAAUGGAGCCCGCAGGGAUGCCACUAAGAUCCUGAUUGUCAUCACUGAUGGGCAGAAAACAGGCGAUGCUCUGGAUUAUAAGGAUGUCAUCCCUAUGGCUGAGGCAGCAGGCAUCAUCCGCUAUGCAAUUGGGGUUGGUUCAGCUUUUCAGCAUUUGACUUCCCGGAAUGAACUGAACUGGAUUGCAUCGGGUUCCUCAUACAUAUUUAAAGUGGAGAACUUUGAUGCUUUGAAGGCUAUUCAAAACCAGCUGAAGGAGAAGAUCUUUGCCAUUGAGGGUACACAGAUGGUAAGCAGUAGUUCUUUUGAACUGGAGAUGUCCCAGGAGGGCUUCAGCGCUGCAUUCACCCCUGAUGGACCAGUUCUGGGGGCUGUGGGAAGCUUCGACUGGUCUGGAGGUGCCUUCCUGUAUCCCCCUAAUGGGAGUCCCACAUUCAUCAACAUGUCUCAGGAGCACGUGGACAUGAGGGACUCUUACCUGGGUUACGCCACUGAACUGGCCCUUUGGAAGGGGGUGCAGAGCCUGGUCCUGGGGGCCCCUCGCCAUCAGCACAUCGGGAAGGUUAUCAUCUUCAUCCAUGCAACCAGGCAGUGGAGGCCACAAGCUGAGGUCACAGGGACCCAGGGCCGGCAGGAUGACCUGUGGCUCUGUGUUCAGAUUGGCUCCUACUUUGGGGCCUCCCUCUGCUCUGUGGAUGUGGACAGAGAUGGCAUCACUGACCUGGUCCUCAUUGGGGCCCCUCAUUACUACGAGCCGACCCAAGGAGGCCAGGUGUCCGUGUGUCCCCUGCCCAAGGGGAGGGCUCGGUGGCGAUGUGACGCUCUUCUCCAAGGUGAGCAGGGCCAUCCCUGGGGCCGCUUUGGGGCAGCCCUGACAGUGCUGGGGGACGUGAAUGGGGACAAGCUGACAGACGUGGCCAUCGGGGCCCCUGGAGAGGAGGAGAACCAGGGUGCUGUCUACGUGUUUCAUGGAGUCUCAGGCCAGGGCAUCAGCUGGGCCCAUAGCCAGAGGGUCACAGGCUCCCAGCUUUUGCCUGGGCUCCAGCACUUUGGGCAGUCUCUCAGCGGAGGCCAGGACCUCACCCUGGAUGGACUGGUGGAUCUGGCCGUGGGGUCCCAGGGACACGUGCUACUGCUCAGGACAAGACCUGUCCUCAGGGUAGGAGUAACCAUGAGCUUCACACGUGCAGAGAUCCCCAGGUCUAUGUUUGAGUGUCAGGAGCAGGCAGCCUCUAUCCAGGACCUGGGUGAUGCCAUUGUCUGCUUUGAUAUUUAUGAAAGUACCAAGAGCCGAGGAGGUAACCUCCAGAGCUCUGUGACCUUUGAACUUACCCUUGAUCCUGGCCGCCUGAGUCCCCGUGCCACCUUCAAGGAGACAAAUACCCGGACUCUGACUCGAGUCCAAGUCUUUGAGCUGAGCCGGCACUGUGAGACUUUGCAGUUGCUUCUACGGACCUGUGUGGAGGACUCAGUGACCCCCAUUACUUUGCGCCUCAACUUCUCUCUGGAGGGCAAUCCCAUCCCUUCCCUCGGAGGGCUCCAACCUGUGCUGGCUUCAGAUGCUCGGACGUACUUCACAGCCUCUCUCCCCUUUGAGAAGAACUGUGGAGAUGACCACAUCUGCCAGGAUGACCUUGCCAUCACCUUUGGCUUCUUGGGCUUGAAGACAUUGGUGGUGGGGAGCAACCUGGAACUGAACAUUGAAGUGACAGUGUCCAAUGAUGGUGAAGACUCUUACGGAACCACAGUUACCCUCUUCUACCCAGAAGGGCUGUCCUAUCUACGUGUGGCAAGACAACAGAACCAGCAGCAGCUUCGCUCCCUGAGACUGACGUGUGACAGCGCCCCCAAUGGGGGCCAGGCUGCUUGGAGCACCUACUGCAGCAUCAACCACCUCAUCCUCCCUGGGGGCACACAGAUCACCUUUUUGGUCACCUUUGAUGUGUCCCCCAAAGCUGUGCUGGGAAACCGGCUACUUGUGACAGCCAAUGUGAGCAGUGAGAAUAACACGCCCAGAACCAGCAAAACCACCUUCCAGCUAGAGCUCCCGGUGAAGUACGCUGUCUACACUGUAAUCAGCAGCCAGGAGCAGUCAGUCAAGUACCUCAACUUCUCAGCUUCAGAAGAGGAAGGAGGCAGUGUGGCCGUACACAGAUACCAGGUGAAUAACCUGGGUCAGAGGGACUUGCCUGUCACCGUCAACUUCUGGGUGCCUGUGGGGCUGAAUGGAAUAGCUACAUGGGCAGAGAUGGAGGUCUCCCACCCCCAGGUAAACCCAUCCAUCCAGUGCUCCUCAGAGCAACUGAUUCCCACAGAGGCUGACUUCCAGACUUACCUGCAGAAGAAUCCUGAGCUGGACUGCUCCAUCGCCGACUGCCUAAGGUUUCGCUGCGACGUCCCCUCAUUUGGCAUCCAGGAGGAGCUUGACUUCAUCCUGAAGGGCAACCUCAGCUUUGGCUGGGUCAGCCAGACGCUGCAGAAGAAGGUGUUGGUUGUCAGCGUGGCUGAAAUCACGUUCAACAGAUCCAUGUAUUCCCAGCUGCCAGGGCAGGAGGCAUUUCUGAGAGCCCAGAUGAAGACAAUGCUGGAGAAGUAUGAGAUCCAUAACCCCAUCCCCCUCAUCGUGGGUAGCUGCGUGGGAGGUCUGCUGCUGCUGGCUCUCAUCACGGCCUCACUAUACAAGGUUGGCUUCUUCAAACGUCAAUAUAAGGAAAUGAUGGAGGAGGCAAAUGGACAGCUUGUUCCAGAAUAUGAGACACAGGACCCCCAGGUGGUCCAAUGAGAGAACGUCCCCCGAACUCUUUUGACCUGUUUUGCCCCAAGAGAUUUCCUAGCUCUGUUAUUCUUACCUGAGUUGGGCCCAAAGGAGAAAGACACAUUCCACAUGGGGACAGCUGGGACCAGGCUGUUUUCACUCUGGGAGCGUGCAGCAUGCCUACUGGACCGUCUUGCUCAGGAAAGUCCAUUUGACUCAUGAAACCUCCAACAGAGAACCCUAAGGACUGGCUCUUUGCUAUAACACAGAAUCUGCAUGGGAGGUCGGUCUGCUGCAGAAUGGACUUGGAAUCAAUACAUAAAAAGACAUGGGCUAAAGUGGCAAGUCCCAGUGUCCCUCCGCUAAUCACCAAUGAUCUUUCUAAAAUACAGAACUAAAUAAGUCUAAAUCAUAUAUGGCCUAAAGGUUUCCAUUGCUGUGCUUUGAACAUAAAUAAGUUGCUCCUCCUUAUCUAUUUUCAGUGAGUUCUCAUUGCUCCCAGGGCACAGUGUCUGAAUUCUCCAGGGUGAUGUGAGAAGUACAGUUUUGUUUCCUAAAUGUAGAAUUCAGAGUACUUGGCAUGAGAUGUUCUAUGCUUCCCUGUCGUUCUCAUCUCUAGUAACGUACCACCAGCAGAAGCUUGGGGCUUCUUCUUGGAAAUCUCAGUUCAAAUUGGAAUAAAACAUUUACAUGUU